UGGAAAAGAAAAAAAAAGAAAGAAAAGAAAAAUCCUCUAAAAAUAGCUCCCCUUCAUUAAAAAAAGAAAAAAAAACCGGUGACGCCCUCCUGCUCCGGCGACCCAGCGCCUCCCGCCGGCGUCGGAAGCGAAGAGCUCCAGGUUUGGGGGUAUUGCACCUCCUCCUCGCUCCCCCCCGUCCGUCUCGAAUCGCCAUGGAGGUGAAGCAGGUGAAGGUGACGGCGGCGGCGGCGGAGGCGGCGACAUCGUCGUGGUCGGAGCUCCCGGCGGACCUCAUCGGCCAAGUGCUCCUGCGCCUGCCGUCCCUCGCCGACCGCGUCCGCCUCCGCGCGGCGUGCCGCCCGUGGCGCACCGACGCCAAGCGGCAGGCAGCGCUGCCCCCGCCGCUGCCGUGGUUCGCCCUCCGCGACGGCGGCCUGGUCGACCACCACGGCGCUCCCGUUCGCCGCUGCGCGCCCAUCCUCCGCGAAGGCGUCACCGACUACCUCGCCGUCGACAACCUCGCCUUCCUCGCGCACAACCGCGCCGCCUGCUGCUCUCUGGUAAACCCUCUCUCCGCGUCGGAGGAGACCCCGCUCCCCCAGCUUGCCAAUGCUGUGCUCCGAGCGAUGAACGAUUCCAAGUUCUACACUGUGGGGAACACCAAAAUGCCGUAUGUUAAGGUGAUUCUGUCAUCGCCGCCGCUCGAUUCAUCGCCGGAUCCCCUUGUUGCAGCACUAAUAUUUGAGGGAUACUAUGUUGCCAUCUCUGCUUGCAAUCUUCCUCGGUUCAGAAUGCACCAAGGUUGUUCGCGCUAGCAAAUGUGUCGGCGGAGUUCAAGAAGAUUGCAUCUACUUCAUGCACAGGACUUUUGACAAUCCGUCCCGAGAGUACUUUGGUCCGUGUGUCGAUCCUCUUGGCGACUCUGGUGUGUACAACAUGACAAAUCGGAGGAUCACUCCAUUUCUUCCGGAGGCUGUGAUGGAAAAGCUGUGUCUCAAACGCCAGUUUCUGACUUGGUUCUUCCCUGCUGAUGUGUAACUGCUUUGUUGGCUUAAAUGAUUGUUUCUGUUAUGGAAAAAGCAGUAUGGUAGAUUCUAGCUAUUAUGCAAACUUUAGAAUCCUUUUGAUGGUUGAACAUUCUCUGUGCAAGGUAUGCAAAAUUUAGAUCCUCUUGAUGGUAAAUGUUUCCAUGCUAUGCAAAAUUUGUUGUCUUGAUGUCUGGUUGAAGAAAUGGCUUGGUGCUGACAUGUGUGUUUUGAUUUUAUUUGAUUGUGCACUGUCCAAGUUAAUGUAUGUUUCAGUAUGAAAGAAAAUUCAGUGAA